AUCAACAGGGCCCCCGAUGGCAUUUUAAUGUUGCGGCGGGCAAUGGAGAUGCUGCCUUGCUGGUUCGUGCACAGACAUGGGGAAUAAACAGACCAUAUUUUCGGCACAGCAGCUUGAUGCCUAUCAGGAUUGCACAUAUUUUACAAGAAAAGAGAUUCUCAGGCUUUUCUCUCGCUAUCGGGACUUGGCACCUCAGCUUGUUCCUCUUGACUACACGCACCAGCCAGAUGUGAAGUUACCAUAUGAGUUGAUUGGCAGCAUGCCAGAGCUGAAGGAUAACCCGUUCCGCCAGAGGAUCGCCGAAGUGUUCUCGGAGGACGGCGAGGGGAACAUGACCCUGGACGACUUCCUGGACAUGUUCUCCGUCCUGAGCGAGAUGGCCCCGCGCGACCUCAAGGCCUACUACGCCUUCAAAAUCUACGAUUUCAACAACGACGACUUCAUCUGCAAGCUGGACCUGGUGAAGACCCUGAACAAGCUGACGCGCAACGAGCUGACAGAGGACGAGGUGAGGAUGGUGUGUGAGAAGGUGAUGGACGAGGCCGACAUGGACAACGACGGCCGCCUCUCGCUGGAGGACUUCCAGCACGUCAUCGUCCGAGCACCCGAGUUCCUCAGCACCUUCCACAUAAGAAUAUGAAGACCAGGACCGUAUGCGGCUCACAGACCAAAGCACACUGCAAGAAACAAAUCAGUCGUUUCACUUCUCCUUCGCUUCUACAUUGAUGCAUUUAUUUUGCACUACUCAAUGUUUUACAACGAUAUAUAUAUAUAUAUAUAUAUAUAUAUAUACACUGUACAUACAUACACACACACACAUAUAUAGAUAUACACACACAACCAUGUUUUUAUACAGCAGAAUAAUGCUGCGUGUUGCACUGAAAAUGAACUCUUGCAAAAGAGCAUCCAGUUUUCCAAAGCCUCACCUUUUCUCAUAAUAUUUUGAGGUAGAUGUGAUGGCACAGACUGUUCUGCACCUUGUCAUAUAUCAAGUGACUGGAACAAUCCAUCCAGUCAUGGCUCAUUAACUGACAUUUUGGAAACUUCUACCAGAAUACUCAAAAGAAUAGAAUAGAAUAGUUCACAUGGCCCCAUCAAAUUCACUGACCACACCAUGCAGCUAUUGAACCAUGAACACUACCACAAACCAGGUUUAAUUUUCAACAAUCUUAUUUUAUUAAUUCAAAAGUACACAUCUACUAAUAGUAGAUCAAUUUCCGUAAGUUUUACAAAGUACAGUACAUUUUCAGGUAGGCUUAUAGGAUGUUCAAAAUGUGGUAAAUAAAACCGUUUCUCAAAUUGCUUGUUAUUCUUUGCCGGAUUUAAUGUAGCAAUGAAAAUGUGUCAGUAAAAAAAAAAAAAAAGGACUGUAAAUAAAGGUUUGUCCACACAAAUGUCACAAAAAAAUAAAGAAAUGAAACUCAAAAGAUCCAUUUUGCAUGAAAAUGCUGAACCAAGGGAUUAAACCGGUGGUCCCUGUAAAUUAAAGCUAUUAUAAUGACAUACAGCAGUGUCUCCACACAAUUGAAUGGUCUCUCUGUCCUUUCUCGAAUAAGUGUUCACUUGACAGUUUGGGUUUCUAUGACGGAGCCUGUCCCGUCCUCAAUGAAAGGAUAAACAACCCACCCUCUCGCCUUCAAUAUGUGGGCUAAAAGUGGAAAGUGGAAAGGAACAACAUCAUAACAUUUUAGGUCCAAAUUUCACAAUGCAUAGUUCAAUCAAGAAGAAACAAUUUAGUACGACGCCAUUAAGACAAGUGGUUAUGUUGAGGAAUUAACAAGAACAUCGUUGCAGACCAGCAAAAGCGCCUAAAGAAAAAAAAAAGUCUAUACUUACAAAAGUAAAUGGAUGAGAAAGUCACCAAUAUGACAUGAUGGCUUUCAUAUUAAUUGUUCACAUACCAGCAGAGUAAAUAUAUGAAUCAGAUAAAAAAUACUUUAUAUGGCAUAUCUUCUACAAACAGUUUAUAUUUAGAUAUUGGGUGGUGCUAUACAGUGUGGAUGCUGUGCCACAAGUGCCACCUAGCUGUCAAACAAGUAAGUGAACACGAUUAGACAGCGCUUACACUCAA